GCGGGCCGGUGGCCAUGGAGGCGGCUGAGGUUGAUGGUUGACCGUUGGCUCCAGGGUAGGGGUCGCCGUUCGGUCGAUCCGCUGAGACCCGACCAGAGGGCACGGGCGGCUGACGCUCGGCCUGGAGCCCGCGGACGAGACCUCGCUCGGCUCCGCCAUGCCCGCCGGGAGUAACGAGCCGGACGGCGUCCUCAGCUAUCAGAGACCAGAUGAAGAAGCUGUGGUGGAUCAGGGUGGGACCAGCACAAUUCUCAACAUUCACUAUGAGAAAGAAGAGUUGGAAGGUCAUAGAACUCUGUAUGUGGGGGUUCGGAUGCCACUGGGCCGGCAAAGCCAUCGGCAUCACCGAACCCAUGGCCAGAAGCACCGGAGACGAGGCCGGGGCAAAGGAGCCAGCCAAGGGGAAGAAGGCCCGGAGGCCCUGGCCCACGGUAUCACCCCUGGAAGAGAAGACACACCAUCUCAGCGUGUUCAGUUCAUUCUUGGCACUGAGGACGAUGAAGAGCACGUGCCUCAUGAGCUGUUCACGGAGCUGGAUGAGAUCUGUAUGAAAGAGGGAGAAGAUGCCGAGUGGAAGGAGACAGCCAGGUGGCUGAAGUUUGAAGAAGAUGUGGAGGACGGGGGCGAACGCUGGAGCAAGCCCUAUGUGGCAACGCUGUCACUGCACAGUCUCUUUGAGCUAAGGAGCUGCCUUAUUAACGGAACAGUCCUUCUGGAUAUGCGCGCAAAUAGCAUAGAAGAAAUUUCAGACCUGGUCCUGGACCAGCAAGAGCUGUUCAGUGACCUGAGUGACAGCAUGAGGGUUAAAGUACGGGAAGCCCUUCUCAAAAAGCAUCAUCAUCAGAAUGAAAAGAAAAGAAAUAACCUCAUUCCCAUUGUUCGUUCCUUUGCUGAGGUUGGCAAGAAGCAGUCUGAUCCACAUUCGAUGGAUAAAAAUGGUCAAACUGUGUCUCCUCAGUCUGUUCCAACUACAAAUCUUGAAGUAAAAAAUGGAGUGAAUUGUGAACACAGUCCCGUGGAUUUAAGCAAGGUGGACCUUCAUUUCAUGAAAAAAAUCCCCAUUGGGGCAGAGGCCUCAAAUGUCCUGGUUGGCGAAGUGGAUACUCUGGACCGCCCCAUCGUUGCCUUUGUGAGGCUGUCUCCAGCUGUUCUUCUCUCAGGCCUGACAGAAGUGCCCAUCCCAACAAGAUUUCUGUUUAUCCUACUGGGUCCAGUAGGGAAAGGUCAGCAGUACCAUGAGAUUGGCAGAUCCAUGGCCACCAUCAUGACAGAUGAGAUUUUUCAUGAUGUGGCAUAUAAGGCAAAAGAGCGAGAUGAUCUCCUGGCAGGGAUUGAUGAGUUCCUAGACCAAGUGACGGUGCUUCCUCCAGGGGAGUGGGACCCUUCCAUUAGAAUUGAACCACCCAAAAACGUCCCUUCCCAGGAAAAAAGGAAAAUGCCUGGUGUUCCAAAUGGAAACGUUUGCCACAUAGAACCAGAACCACACGGGGGCCACAGCGGGCCAGAACUGCAGCGCACUGGGCGGCUUUUUGGGGGCUUGGUGCUGGACAUCAAGCGGAAGACCCCCUGGUACUGGAGUGACUACCGGGAUGCACUCAGUUUACAGUGUUUGGCCUCCUUUCUGUUCCUGUACUGUGCCUGCAUGUCACCUGUCAUCACCUUUGGGGGAUUACUCGGAGAGGCCACUGAGGGACGCAUAAGUGCAAUUGAAUCCUUGUUCGGAGCCUCCAUGACUGGAAUUGCCUAUUCCUUGUUUGCGGGACAGGCUCUCACCAUCCUGGGAAGCACUGGGCCGGUGCUUGUUUUUGAAAAGAUUUUGUUCAAAUUCUGCAAAGACUACGCUCUUUCAUACCUCUCCUUGCGUGCUUGUAUCGGACUGUGGACCGCCUUCCUAUGUAUUGUCCUUGUGGCAACUGAUGCCAGUUCCCUUGUCUGCUACAUUACCCGCUUCACUGAAGAAGCCUUUGCCUCCCUGAUUUGCAUUAUUUUCAUCUACGAAGCAAUAGAAAAGCUGAUUCACCUGGCAGAGACCUACCCCAUCCACAUGCACAGCCAACUGAACCACCUUAGCCUAUAUUACUGCAGGUGUACUAUCCCAGAGAAUCCAAACAAUCACACAUUACAGUAUUGGAAGGACCAUGACAUCGUGACAACAGAAGUUCACUGGGCUAACCUGACUGUCACUGAAUGCCAAGAGAUGCAUGGAGAGUUCACAGGAUCUGCGUGUGGCCAUCAUGGACCCUAUACUCCUGAUGUGCUGUUUUGGUCCUGCAUUCUCUUCUUCACCACCUUCAUCCUCUCGAGCACCUUAAAGACAUUUAAGACAAGCCGCUAUUUCCCAACCAGAGUACGCUCCAUGGUUAGUGACUUUGCUGUUUUCCUCACGAUCUUCACUAUGGUGAUUAUUGAUUUUUUGAUUGGAGUCCCAUCACCAAAGCUUCAAGUUCCCAGUGUGUUCAAGCCAACAAGGGAUGAUCGAGGGUGGAUUAUUAGUCCCAUUGGCCCCAAUCCCUGGUGGACUGUGAUAGCUGCAAUUAUCCCGGCUCUACUCUGCACUAUCUUAAUAUUCAUGGACCAGCAGAUCACAGCUGUUAUCAUUAACAGGAAGGAACACAAGCUCAAGAAAGGCUGUGGUUACCACCUGGACCUGCUAAUGGUGGCCAUCAUGCUGGGUGUCUGCUCCAUCAUGGGCCUGCCCUGGUUUGUGGCUGCAACUGUCCUGUCCAUCACACAUGUGAACAGCCUCAAACUGGAAUCUGAGUGCUCUGCUCCUGGAGAACAACCCAAGUUCUUAGGCAUCCGAGAACAGAGAGUGACAGGCCUUAUGAUUUUUGUGCUGAUGGGCUGCUCAGUCUUCAUGACAGCUAUAUUAAAGUUCAUCCCAAUGCCAGUACUCUAUGGAGUCUUCCUCUACAUGGGAGUUUCUUCACUACAGGGAAUUCAGUUCUUUGAUCGGCUGAAACUCUUCGGGAUGCCUGCAAAGCACCAGCCAGAUUUCAUUUACCUUCGGCAUGUGCCGCUACGCAAAGUGCACCUCUUCACCCUCAUCCAGUUGACCUGCCUUGUCCUGCUCUGGGUCAUCAAGGCAUCUCCAGCUGCCAUUAUCUUUCCAAUGAUGGUUUUGGCCCUGGUCUUUGUCAGGAAAGUUAUGGAUCUCUGUUUCUCUAAGCGAGAGCUGAGCUGGUUAGAUGAUCUCAUGCCUGAAAGCAAAAAGAAGAAGUUGGAUGAUGCCAAAAAGAAGGCCAAGGAGGAAGAGGAGGCUGAGAAAAUGUUAGAAAUGGGAGGAGACAAGUUUCCCUUAGAGAGCAGGAAGUUACUAAGUAGUCCUGGAAAGAACAACAGUUUCAGAUGUGACCCCUCUGAGAUUAAUAUAUCUGAUGAAAUGCCUAAAACCACAGUCUGGAAAGCUCUCAGUAUGAAUUCUGGAAAUACAAAGGAAAAGAGUCUCUUCAACUAAAAGUCUUUGCCAGGAUGGAAGAUUUGGGCCACGAGGUGCCUCAGGGAAGUUCUGGUUACAGAGAAGACGGUGAAUCUCUCAGAGAAGAAGCAAGACCAAGUCUGGCCCUGUCCUAGGUCACGUCAAAGCCAUGCCGAAGCAUUCCAUAAUUCAUGGCGUGUGUUGGAGGGCAUCCAGCUAUCCCCAUACCAGCAGCCAGAUGGUAACAUGGAAGCAGAAGACCACCUCCUGUUGGUACUUCUCCUCUUCCGUCUCUUUCCCUUCAGAACUGCCACCAUUGAAGACUCAGCUUCCCAUCAUCCAGACAUUUUUUCUGAAACUCUCUGCUGGCCUGCCAAGCCAUAUGGAUCCAUUCUACCAUUGAGGAUUCCUUCAAUGAGGUCCUCUUCCUACAUGAUGGGGUAGGGGAGAGGAGCAGAGCAGAGAGAAAAGGGAAGGCACUCCACUCCCCCAGUUUCUGUAGGCUCCGAGGCAGCCCUGGGCCUUGGUUGGAUUGCUUGCUCUGGGGGAUGCUGGUCAGACUCAGAGGCUGUCAGAAGGGUCAGCUACGAAGAAGGUCAGCGACCUGGGCAUUGGCAAUGCCCACCACCACAUCCAGAAGACGUCUCUGACCCGGGGGUAUCUUCAUUGUUCCCUGGCAGCAGUUUGCAUAACUCAGCAAGGACCUUGGAUGAUGAAAGAGCCAAGAGCUGUUGAGCUUAGACAGGAAAAGACUCAGAGGAAAAUCAAUACUGAUGAGUGAGGAUGAGUAGCUUCUCUUGGUUUCAUUGAGGAUAGAGUAAGAGACUGAACUUAAAUUGCUACAGAAAGAAUUAGUUUAGACACUAGGAAGGACUUUCGAGGCUGAAUAUCGUCAUAGUGUCUGCUUUCUAGAUAUCUGGUUAAGGUUUGAUAAUAGUUGUUUGUGAGUAGAAAGGAAGAUAAGGUGUUUUUAUUGGCCACAUUGUGGAAACAUCCAUGUUUUGCUGCUGUCUCUUGAGAACACAUUUGAUUCCAUUCCUGGAAAUAUCCAAGUGCUUACGUAAUGUCUCCUUAUCUGCCUUAGUAGCAAACCAUAUCAUCAACUCAGUGGACCAAAGCCGCUUUCAGCCAUGUGGUUUCUUCAUUGUCAUGGAUUUCUGUUGGUUGACAAAUGUUCUGGCUCUCAGAUGUAAAAAGCCACAUUGGGAAAUGAACUGUAAGUGGUAAAAUUAAUUUUGGUAUUUAAUUUACAACUAACUACAUUUACACUUUUUCUCUUCUCUUCUCUGUUGCAAUGAAUAUCAGUGGUUUGGGCUCCAGUGUGCAUAGACCUUUCCUUCUUUUGUGCACAGAAUGUGAUUAGCAAGUAUGUUGACACCUAAGGAAUCCCAUCAUAUUAGUUUUCCCUCCUGGAAAAUCUUUGUAUAGUGGGAUGUUCCCUCAGUGUGUUCUCCUUUCAUAGGUUAAGAGUUGGCUACAUAACUUUAUGGAAUUUUGCAUUCCUUAGACUUUUAAAAUAGAUUUGUAUAUUCUAGGCUUACUCUAAGGACCUUUGAUAUUGAAGGAAUCCUGCAUUCCCUUCAUAUUUCCCUAUCUCUUAGAGCCAUAGUUAUUUUAAUAUACAAAUGAUUUUCAAAAUAUUUAACAACUGGUAUAGGAUGGACACCUUCCACUCAGAACGGAUGCCUGCUGUAAACAAGCAGUAUUUACUAUUCUGCUAGGCAUGCUGCUUUCAAAUGUUUAAGUAAUAUCCCUUUGAGUUGUGGAUAUUGUUCCUGUUUUCAUGAUUUUCUACUUACAAGGCUGCUUUAGGGACAGCCCCAAUUUCCUUUCAUGUGGUGCAGACAAGAAUAGGAAUUAUUUGAACUACAAGGGAAUUAAAAUCUUUGUGAGCCAAAGCUUCACAUUUUGUCAUUUUGGGAUAAAUGUAAUAAUUGUGCCCAUUUACCUACCUAAUCUAGAAAAAUCAAAAGGCAGCCUGUCAAUGGGAGGGGCUUUCCCUGCCCUCUGGCUGCUUCCUUGAGCUUGCCUUCUUUUUCACCUUCGUUUCUGGAGAACACCCCGCACUCUCCCUCCAUCUGCCCCUCCCAUCUUCACCUGCCACCUCUGUGUAGGGAGGUUGGUGACUGCUUCCCCUGUUCCCCAACCUCAGUGAGGCUGUAAGGAACAUAACAGGGAAAAGUCCUUCAUAUAACAAAACUGAGGGACAAUAUCACUCAGAAAAGUCUCUCUCUUAAUACACUGAUGUCUUAUGAUGCCUUGUGUCUGCUAGACUUCUUCCGAGUAGGGAAUCUGUCCUUGUCCUUGUUGACUGUGCAAAGCAGUUACAGGACCACGUGUGCACUUUCGAGUCCUUCCCGAGCCAGACCACACAGGUCACUGCACCUUAGGAGCGUUAGCUGCUUUCGAAGGUUGUGCCAAUAUUUUUAGGCCAUUAGAUUUUUCUCAGACAAUAGCCAGACUCAUUUCUGCUACAUCUCAGUGGUAGGAAUCAUUUCCUAUUCUUACUCUCUCCUGUUUCCCAGCUCCCACCAAACACUCCAUCUCAGUCUUGGCUGCUUCCUCGCUCAGGUUUGUGGCUGGUGACCAUGGUGGCAGAGUCAGGCUGGGCUGUGUGUGGGGCAGGAAACGGAGUGGAUGUGAAACAGCAGCAUGUGUGUAUGUGUGUGCAUAUGCAUGUGUGCUUAUCAACCAAUGAAAGUUUAUCCAUAAGCAUUCAUUGCUGCUAUUAAACAGCCUGCACACCUAAACUGUGGGGACAUCAAAAUAAUAUGAUCAUUCCCCCAUCUAGGGGUCCCCUCUCAGAUUUCUCCAAUAGAAUAGCUCAAGGACAAAUAUAGGCUGAUUUGACUAAGAGAAAGGUGAGAAACGGACUUAGGGGUGGAAAGUAAGGCAGGUAGUUAGGUAAUUCCUGUGCCCAGGUUUGCUUGGGCCAGUGAAACAGUCCACCUCAUUUAUGACAAGGGUGGAUUUUAGUUGAGUGUUGGCAGGCCAGUGCCCUGAUGGGCUGAUAGUAGAGAGGACAGGGAUUUAAGAAAGUGAUAAUGAGUGGAAUCUUGCUUCUAAGGGGGAAGGAAGAACCGGCAUUGCUAAGAGGGUGGCUUACUUCCUAGUCUGUGACUUUUAGGAAGGGUCUGGAGAAAAGGUGAAAAUGAUCAAAAAUAUGCUAUAAAGUUGCCAAAUAAGUUUGGUUGCAUAAAACGCAGGCUAGCCCUUUGUAGUUAUAUGAUUUCAGACUUCUAAUGGUGGAGUAGCCAGGAGAUCUGGUCUUUACCACAUAGAGCGUCCAUCCCUGUCUCCUUAUUCAUAUACAUUCGCCUUUAGGAUAGAGGGAUAGUGAACCAUAUAUUUCCAAAGGACAGUGUGAACAUUUGCUAUUUCUCUUUGUCUGGGAUGUGACUGGCUUUUAAAUUAGUCAUAAAUAUUUGAUAAAAAUCUGGUAUAUGCUAAGUCUCAGGCUUGGUUGAAGUCUCAGGCUAUGACCACUGUGAGUUUCAAGAGGUCUCUGAUUCUAGGAAUCUGUGAUUUCUGGUCAUUCAAAACAGGCAGUUCCCAGUUCUACUUUAUUUUCUACCUACCCAACUUUCCAGACUUUUCUCUUAGUAGAGGAGUCAGCAGUCCUCCCUGCAUCUUCUCCAUUGAUUUCAAUGUCCAUGUUCCGAGUCUCCAUGUUUUCCUGAAGCACGGGAGAACCUUGGCCCGAGGUCCCCUGGCUUUCCUUUUAAGUCCCAUCAGAAGUACUACACAGUAUGUUCUCGCUGCCGCCUUACCAGCUUCUCUCAAUUUCUUGUUUUGCAAGAGCGUUAACAUCUUCUCCUAAGACUUUGAACACUGUUUGCUAGUUUGUUAAUUGCAUUUUCUUUGGGCUUCUCACAUUUCCAAGUCACAUCCUGGCAGGACAUCCGGGAGCCCUGCAUUGAAGGUUCUCAGCCUUCUUGACUUUUGGUUGUAGCUGUCGGGCCUCCCAUAGGCAGAGUCCUUCCUGUGGGCCUGUCUGGCCAAAGAAGACAUGCAAGUUCUACCCCUUUUACUAACUCAGCCUUGUCAGGUUCCCUUUCCUCUCCUUUCUGCCUUUUCCUCAGUCUUUCAGGUUCUCCUUAGAGAGAAGACGUUCUUCGUCAGAGAUUCUAAAAACCACCACUAGUUUUGGGGGUGGCAAGAGAGGUGAGGAGGUUGAAUAGUUCUGGGGCUCUCGCAAAGGGGACAUUAUAGUUGUUUUCUUAUUUAGGAUGAGGGGCUAUGGAUUCUCAAGCCCUCAGCCUCAUAUUUCAGUAUAAAUAGAAAAAGACAUUCUAAAACCAAAUAGAAGUAAUUUUUCUACCAAAUCUAUUGUUUAUGAUUCUUUUAAAAAUAUUUUAUUUCUUGAUAAAUUUUAGAGA